CGCUGUAUUCAUAUGAUCUGCGUGCACGAGCGUUAAUUCCCGCCGACGUUGGAAGGUGAAGAAGGCGGACUGGAUCAAAAUCUUCCGGACACACCCUCAGUCUUACAUUAAAAAAUGGAGUGGACCCCGAUGGAAAUCAACCCAGAGAUGCUCAACAAGAUGUUAACUAAGCUGGGUGUAGCUGCAACUUGCCGUUUUGUGGAUGUGUUGGAGCUGAAAGGAGAGUGUCUUUCCUCAGUGCCUUCCCCAUGCUAUGCCUUGAUGCUGCUUUUCCCUCUGACGCCACAGCUUGAGUCCUUCAGACAGGAGCAAGCAAGCAAGGCUUCAGGAUGCUCUGAAGUGUACUUUCUGAAACAGAUGGAAGGAAAUUCCUGUGGCACAAUUGCCAUGGUGCAUGCAGUGGCCAACAACAAAAGUGAAGUGACAUUUGACAGUGGUUCAGCACUGAAAUUUCUAGAGGAGACUGCAGACAUGAAUGCUGAUGAUCGCAAACAUCUGGCGCAGAACCAGGCAAUCAGAGAGGCUCACAAUGAGGUGGCAGCACAGGGCCAGUGCAGGCCUGAACCGGAUAAAGUAAACUUCCACUUCAUUGCCUUUGUCAGUAUGAACGGACAGCUUUAUGAACUUGAUGGCAAAAUGGAUGGACCAGUGAGCUAUGGACCGACCAAUAAUGACAACUUCCUGAUGGAUGCAGCAAAAGUGUGCAGUCAGUUUAUAGAAAAGGAGAAAGAUGAAGUCCGUUUCACUGCAGUGGCUCUCUGUCACACUUAAGCACUUGGUACAAGCUGGUCAGCCAAAAUGGCAAAUGAUCAUCCACCCAGAAUUACCAGUGCACGCCUAAAUCUACAGACUGCAUAAAGCACACGGUUUCCACGUUUCAUAAGUGUUUACCUUAUGCAUAAUCAGGCUUUGUUCUGCUAACAUUCAGUGAAAGUAGUCAUGAACCAGAAGCAAUCUUGCCCCAAUCAGUACCACUUGAGGUGGCCAUGUCAUUUACAAUCCAGCUUCAGUGUAUCGUGGCCUAGACAAAUAUGUUGUAGCUAUAGCCAGGAGUUGAUGAACAGAUACACAGGGGUCAAAACUUAAAAAUGCUCCAGUCAUAUUGAAAAAUAUACCACAUUAUUUAUCUAUUGAGAUUACAAAAGAGUUUAGAUUGGGUGUACAUUAUGGAGUUGGGGGGCCAGCAAUUGCAAAAAUAGUGACAAAGGGCAACUUCUGUUUGUACAGGGGUCAAAAGUUUUUUUUUUUCUUUCAUUUGUGCAAAUUAUUGGCUGUGCUGAAUGCUUUGUCUCCAAAGACAAGGUCACAUCUUAGAUUCUGAUGUGUUGCCCCAUAACAUGACAACUAAGCAUAGUGCAAAAUGCUUCCUUUUUCAAAACCCUAUAACUUGACCAAUUUGCACCACUUUUCACCAGAAUUUGAGCAACUUUAACUCUUGAACCCCUCUACAAACUGAAGUUAACCUUUGCCACUUUUUGCCCUUUAACUCCAUUAAUGUUCACUUAGUCCAAAUUCUACCAUUUUGGAAUCUUGAUGAUCGGACAAAUGUGGCAUACUCUUCACAUGACUUGACCGCCUACAUUGUGUAGGCUAUGGUAUACUGUGAGUGUAAAUGUUUGACCACCAAUGGUACAGACAAGCUGUCUAGCUCAUUGGCAAAAGCUUCAGUAGUGUUGUGAAACAUUGCUGCACAGUUUGCACGUUCUGUGAAUCUGUGCUGACUCUAGAUCAGUACCCUCUAUUUAAAAGUGAUACUGUGACUCUUGUCUUUCUCUGAAGGCCUCCAGUUAAAAGUAUACAUUUCUCAGAACUUCCAGUUUAUCUGUAUGGGGAAUUAAACUUUGUUCUUGGGUGUCCUGCUGUUUCUGUGGAAAAUGGUUCUUUUGGAGAAGUUUACCUUGUAGUACAGUGUAAAGUUAAUAUUGUUUCUUUACAAAAGUUGAGGCACUAAAGUUCUGUACUGCUUACAGGCAAGUUACUUUGUAGCAGAUGGUUCAAUUACUUGCUAGUAGCCCCCGUAGUGUGAAAAUUCAAUUUAAAUGCUGCGGUAUUUGGUGUUUUUUCUUUGUGAAAGAACAGCUUUAUUUACGGUCUUUGUAAUGCUGCUGUCUGACUUCAAUAAAGAAACCCUUGCACUU